AUGUAUUUUCUCUCGAAAUUGAGUAGGUGCGUGCCGUCGCCAGCUAUCUCCCAAAUCGGCAAGCGCUCAUUUUCCAACAACAACUAUUCUCAUGUUCUCAGGAGACCGCCGUCGUCUGCCAUCCGACUGCGAUUAGUGAGAAACAUAUCGAACUCUAAUCCGCUGCCAAAAAUGACCGAAGCGGGUAAGAACAUUGUUCUUAAACGUCAUGAUCUUAUUGUCAAAGGAGCUCAAGAUGUGAGAGAGUAUCGAGGUCUGGAGCUAACUAACGGACUCCGCAUUCUUUUGGUGUCAGAUCCAUCAACCGACAAAUCGGCAGCUGCACUCGACGUCAAAGUAGGACACCUGAUGGACCCAUGGGAGCUCCCUGGGCUUGCUCAUUUUUGUGAGCAUAUGUUGUUCCUCGGAACUGCCAAAUAUCCAUCCGAGAACGAAUAUUCAAAGUUCCUCUCCGCCCACGCAGGAAAUUCCAAUGCGUACACUGCAACGGAUCACACCAACUACCAUUUUGAUGUGAAGCCAGACCAACUUUCUGGGGCUCUCGACCGUUUCGUUCAGUUCUUUUUGUCUCCGCAAUUCACAGAGAGUGCAACAGAACGUGAAGUAUGCGCCGUAGACUCGGAACACUCGAACAAUCUAAACAACGACUCCUGGCGUUUCUUGCAAGUUGAUCGGUCUCGUUCGAAGCCCGGACAUGACUAUGGAAAGUUUGGAACAGGAAACAAGCAAACUCUGCUUGAAGAUGCUCGCAAGAAAGGAAUCGAACCUCGUGAUGCUCUUCUGCAAUUCCACAAGAAGUGGUACAGUUCGGACAUAAUGUCUUGCUGCAUCAUCGGAAAGGAAUCGCUUGAUGUUUUGGAAUCGUAUUUAGGUACCUAUGAGUUUGAUGCAAUUGAAAACAAGAAGGUCACUCGUCAAGUAUGGAAGGAUUUCCCAUAUGGUCCCGAGCAAUUAGGAAAAAAAGUUGAAGUUGUCCCAAUCAAAGAUACUAGAAUGUUGUCGAUCAGCUUCCCAUUCCCAGACCUUAACACCGAGUAUAACUCUCAACCAGGCCAUUAUAUCUCUCAUUUGAUUGGACAUGAAGGUCCUGGAUCUUUGUUGUCUGAACUCAAACGGCGUGGAUGGGUCAGCUCUUUGCAAUCUGACAGUCACACGCAGGCAUCCGGAUUCGGAGUCUAUAUGGUGACUAUGGAUCUGAGUACCGAUGGAUUGGAUCAUGUCGAUGAGAUCAUUCAGCUCAUGUUCAACUACAUCGGAAUGCUUCAAACUGCAGGACCAAAACAAUGGAUCCAUGAAGAAUUGGCUGAGCUUAGCGCAGUUAAAUUCCGAUUCAAAGACAAGGAGCAACCGAUGAGUAUGGCUAUCAAUGUAGCAUCGAGCCUUCAGUAUAUUCCGUUCGAGGACAUCCUUUCUUCAAAAUAUCUUCUAACGAAGUACGAUCCAGAACGAAUUAAACAACUUCUUGACACGUUGAAACCAGAAAACAUGUACGUCCGAGUUGUAUCUCAAACGUUCAAGGGACAAGAAGGAAACACCACCGAGCCAGUGUAUGGUACGGAGUUCAAAAUGGCUGACAUUGAUAAAGAAACAAUGCAGAAAUACGAGAAUGCUCUCAAAACUAGCCACCAUGCUCUUCACCUGCCCGAGAAAAACGAGUAUAUUGCAACUAAAUUCGACCAGAAGCCGCGCGAAACCAUUAAGAAUGAGCACCCGAGACUAAUUGUUGAUGAUAGCUGGAGCCGGGUUUGGUUCAAGCAGGACGAUGAGUACAAUAUGCCAAAACAAGAGACUAAAUUUGGUCUGACUUCUCCAGUUGUAUCUCAGGAUCCUCGGUCUUCGCUUCUUUCCAGUCUCUGGCUGUGGUGCCUCAGCGAUACUCUUGCUGAAGAGACAUACAACGCAGAUUUGGCUGGUUUGAAAUGCCAGCUCGAAUCUAGUCCAUUCGGUGUUCAAAUGCGGGUAUAUGGAUAUGAUGAGAAACAGUCUCUGUUCACGAAGCAUUUGACAAAGCGCAUGGCCAACUUCAAGAUCGACAAGACUCGAUUCGACGUUCUCUUUGAAUCGCUGAAGAGAGCUCUCACCAACCACGCUUUCUCUCAACCGUAUUCUCUUUCUCAACACUACAAUCAGCUGAUCGUAUUGGAUAAAGUGUGGAGCAAGGAACAACUAUUGGCAGUGUGCGAGAACGUCACAUUGGAAGAUGUUCAAAACUUUAGCAAGGAAAUGUUCGCAGCUUUCCACUUAGAGCUCCUCGUACAUGGAAACUCUACCGAAAAGGAAGCAAUCGAAUUGUCAAAAGAGCUUGUUGACAUCCUGAAGGGUGUUUCCCCAAACUCUAGACCUCUGUAUCGCAAUGAGCACUGUCCACGGCGUGAGAUGCAGUUGAACAACGGAGAUGAGUACGUCUACAGACACCUUCAGAAGACGCACGAUGUCGGAUGUGUUGAAGUUUCAUAUCAAGUUGGAGUGCAGAAUACAUAUGACAACGCACUUGUUGGUCUUAUUGAUCAGUUGAUUCGAGAACCAGCAUUCAACACUCUCAGAACGAACGAAGCUCUUGGUUACAUCGUUUGGACCGGAUCUCGACUAAAUUGUGGAACUGUUUCGCUGAAUGUCAUUGUGCAGGGUCCAAAAAGCGUGGAUCAUGUUCUUGAACGAAUCGAAGUGUUCCUGGAAACUGUUCGUAAAGAGAUCGAUGAAAUGCCUCAAGAAGAAUUCGAUAAUCAAGUUUCUGGAAUGAUUGCUCGUCUCGAAGAGAAGCCAAAAACAUUGUCCGGCCGGUUCCGUCGUUUCUGGAAUGAGAUCGAAUGCCGUCAAUAUGACUUUGCUCACAGAGAAGAGGAAGUCAAAGUGCUAAAAUCAAUCAAGAAAGAAGAUGUUCUUGCUCUUUAUGAUAAAAAAAUCCGUAAAGACGCUCCUGAACGUCGGAAGCUCGCCGUUUUCGUUCACGGAAAGGGUGAAGAUCGAGAGAAGGUUGACGGAAUAGUCAAGAAGAAUGCUGAAGCUGGAAAGAAAGAAAAGGAAGUGGAAUAUGUUGACCAACUUCGUCAAUUCCUUCCACUUUAUGGACGCCCAAUACCUGCAAUCAACCUUAAACCAAUCGGAGUUGACCCUACUGAACACAAACAACCUUCCACACCAAAAGCCAAAUACUAA